AUGAACGCUAAGACCGGGUGGGGCCAGGCCGAGCUGUGCUGCGUUCCCCGCGUCCCUGCAAAACCUCGUGCCCGCCCUCCUGCCGCCCUGCGCCGCGUGGCCUCCCGGGCCGGUGACACCGGGCCUCCUCCACGGUCCCUGCGCGAGUCUAACCGGAGCCGCGCCCCGCGCACACCGCCCGCGUCCCGGCCUCUCGCUUCGGCCUCCCGGUCCGGCCGCCCCUGGGCGCCGUCCUCCUGCCCCGCCAAGGUGCCCCAGCCGCGCCGGCCUCCUCCGUCCCCGGCCAACGGGGUCGCCCCGUCUCCACCGCUGCUGGACGGCGCGAGUCAUGGGUCAGACUCGACGGCUGCAAAAUCGGAUGGAUCCGUCAUCCAGGGGCCCGGCCCCUGGCAGGAGGAGCUCGAGGAGCUGGAGGAGCUGUUCCGCAGGAUCCGCGUCGGGGUGCUGGUGAGGGGACCCUCACACCCGCCAGGCCUCCGCCGGACCACCGGGCUGCAACCCAGCUGCAAUGGAACGAUCUGGGUACAAACCGUGCAAGGCCCGGAGCCGCAGUCGGAGCCUGGGAGGUUUGGGGUGCGCGGGGCGCACGGGCCACGCUCUAUGCGGCGCCUCCCCCUGGAGCGACGGGUUCAAGGACAUCCAGCGCUCAACGCUGAUGUGUGCGGCCACGUCCAGGGCAACGCCCGGGCACAGGUCCAGCUAGAUGGUGACGUGGACCCCCAAAAAGGCUGUAAGGUUGAGCUGGUAUUCAGCACAGAGAGCUACAACCUGGAGGCAGGUGAAGAUCAUUUGGGGAAAUGCUCAGCUCAAGUGUUUUUCAAGAACCAGAAACCCAGACCAGCCGUCAAUGUGACCUGCACGCGGCUCUUGGGGAAGGAGCAACGGCGGCAGGAGGACUACCGGCUCUACACGCAGCUGAAGCAGCUGCAGAGCCCCUUCCGCGGCAGCCUGCCUGACAGUCACGGGAGAAUUGAGGCAUCGCUGCGACCCCUCUGGGACUUGGCCUUUCUUGGCAGCUCUUAUGUGAUGUGGGAAAAGACAACCCAGUUUUCACAGUACUACUUGGCCCAGCUCAGGAGCGUGAACCAGUGGAAAAUGAGUGGUGACGCCGUUGAUUUUGAUUAUACCGUUCUACUUCAUGAAUUCCCGACACAGGAAAUCCUGCCCUGUCGCAUUCGUUUAAUCUGGUACCCAGGCAAGCCACUGAAAGUUAAGUACCAAUGUCAGGAGCUCCAGACCCCAGAAGAAGCGUCUGGAACUGUGGAGGGAUCGGCUGUGGCACCGACAGAACUGAUUCAUCUCUAAAGAUUACAAAAUGGCCUGCUUCUACUGGAUUCUGUCUAGGACAACUCUAGCAGUGUAACUCGUCAGUAUAGGAGCUAUGGGCUAGCAGUCUGUGGUUGAGGAAACACGUGAUGGGCAGUCGCUGGUCGGCUUCUGGCUGCCACCGGGCAGUGUCCCAGCCUCUGCCGGUCUCUGAGUAAACCAGUGGUCAGCACGGCCCUUGGAGUUCAGAGUCAACAUGCAGAGUCUAGCCAGCCAGCAUGUAGUUUUCAAAGUGGCUUCACCUCUGAGCUUCUCAUUAUUUUAAAGAUCGUACUGGCUUUAGGUUGCUAAAUUGCUCAGUAUAUCUAUCUCCAAGCUAGGAUCUAGAGGCUCACCCCUGUAUCCUAGCUACCCAGGAGGCUGAGCAGGGAGACUCUCA